GAUUGCAUCUCUAUGGAGCUGAGUCCUGUGCUCUCGAAGUUGUUUCCUCCACCGCCUGGUUCACAAACGCCACCUCAGAUCCCGAGAGCUCAAUAUGGUUAUCCAGUACCUCCGGCUCUACGGCCUCAUGCUGGCCCACCUACCGGGAUAACUCUCCCGAAUGCGUUGUCGAUGCUCAUGCUGCGUUCGAAUCAUGCUUCGCACGUCAGCAAUAGCAUGCAGAACCAGAACAAAAGCUCGAACAACUUCGAAAUUCAUCCGUUGCACCCAGAGAUACGCCACGUUGUGCCACCUGCAAAUCCUGUGAAGUCACCGCCCGAGGAGAUGCGGAAGAAGAAGCGCAACCCGCAUAACAAGGCUCGCGCUACUCAACGCCAGGCGAAUGCGAACUCGACUAUGCUGCUGUCCGAUGCUUCUUCAACAUCCAAUCAAGUGGUAGUUUCCUCGACAAACGCUCCUGGGGGAGGCACAAUCGUUUCUUCACGCGAUGAAAAAGGCCAGAUCCACGUAAGAGUUGAAUACGAUCGAAGCCAGAUCCUUCGCUCCGCUCACUCACCGUACUCACUUCUGCCACCAGCAUGUCUGAAAAGCAUCGUUCUGAACACAUCCGAGAUUCUGAGUCGAUUUCCGCAGAGACACGGAAUUAACCUUCAAACUUCGUGCGAACUGACCGCAUGACGCCCCCAUCCAGCCAAUGAACCUAGCUGGCACUUUCGAUGCUAAUGAUUGAGGCUGUUGACUUUCUUGUGCCAUUCCACUUGUGUUGUGCUAUUGUUUUUCUCUCUCGAGUUAUUGAGCUUAACGUAAAAUAAAUGGUAGC